AUGCACCCUGACUCUCGAUCGUCUGGACCUGGACAUAAGCUGCCCCGCGAUGCAUCCACUCCCCAUGUGCAGAAGCCCGGCUCUGCUCCCGCUGCUGCGGCGCUCAACAUGCCCAGCCGGGAUCUGACAGUCGUUCGAAUUCCUUUGCGACGUGCCAAGCAUCACUUUGGGGUCUUCUCGUCUAGAGGCCAGCGGCCAUACAACGAAGACACAAACCAAGCUGGCACAAUAAGCGUGCCAGCAUUUGCCAAGAGAGGACCAAUUAGUCUUCAGAGAAGGCCCAUACAGAAACCUGAUGAGGCUACCUCAGCUGAUAGCGCACUCGGCGACCCUCAGGUCUUCUACUUUGGCGUCUUCGAUGGCCACGGCGGAUCCCAGUGCGCCGAAUUCUUGCGAGACGAGCUGCACGGCUAUAUUGAGCAAGCCUCCGCAGAGUUCGGCCUUCAAAGUUCCCUGAGAAGAAGCCCUAGACAUGAGACAGGGCGAAAAGAUGAAGAAGAGGUUCACAGGCCUGAAGAGCUGGACAUGAAGUCGGAACAGGAGGUCCGGCAGAAGAUGCGGGUUCCCGAGGAAGACGCCCACGGUGUCGUAACGAAUCCCGAGCGUAAGGAACCUCUGAAAGGUGUAAGCCCCGUAUCAGCCAAAGUGGAAGACUUGCCAAAGGCCGUGAAAAUGGAGCAUGACCUUGUAGAGCAAUACAGGCAGGCCGUUGGGGGAUACUUCCGGCGUUUCACACCCGAAUUCUUCAAACAACCUGAAGAGGGGGAAGAGACCGAUGGAGACGGUCCUCCCAUCACGGUAGAAUCGGUUCUCAUGUAUGCUUUCCUCAGGGCAGACUUGGACUUUAUAUCUGCCCAAGCCCGCAAGCCGGACCCUGACGACCCGCGCGUUGGAGACUCACCCCUUAACAACGACGAGAUACUCGGGGCACCGCAUAUACCACCUUCGGGACACGGCAUCGGGGGCUUGUCGCGCUUCAAGGGAGGGUCGACCGCGUCGGUAGCUCUCAUCUCAACGCCCACUCCGGCACCAUUUUGGCAUCCAAAUGCUCAGUCCACCUUGGUUGUCGCUCACGUGGGCGACACGCGGAUCCUGUUGUGUCAGACCACUACCGGCCUCGCGCAACCGCUGACAUCAGACCAUCACCCCACAACACCCACAGAAAGUCGUCGUCUGCGGCGCUAUGCUCCAGCUGGCUCCAUGGUGUCGGGGGAUAGCUUUGGGGAGGAGCGGAUCAUGGGCCUGGCCAACAGUCGGUCUUUUGGAGAUAUGCGAAGCAAGCGUAUAGGCGUAUCGGCAGAGCCAGAAAUCACCCGCGUCGAGAUCGGCCCUGCGGAGUACUCUUUCCUGGUGCUCAUGAGCGAUGGCAUAUCGGGCACGCUCAGCGACCAGGAGAUUGUCGACGUGAUCAAGGAGGCCAGGACACCCGAGCAGGGCGCCAAAGACGUAGUUGAUUACGCGACCGAAGUCUCGCAUGACGGCGACAAUGCCACCUGCCUUGUUGUGAGACUCGGCGGCUGGGAACGAAGAUCAGAGGGCGGCGUCGGCAGUCUUGGAACCAGGGAAAUCCGCGACAAGAGGAGGGCAGAAGCGCUUGAUCCUCGACGAGGCAAGCGAUAG